UGCAGCGGUUGAGUAUGAGAAUCAUUCCGACCGCUAACAACAUAAACAUUACUCACUCAUCUCCAGAAUUGUGAAAGAUUUUUGGGUUUAGAAAAAUCUGCUCGUACUUUUACUUUGAAAUACCUGUCACCAGCACCGUCGUUAUCAGUUUUAGAUAUAUGUCAUAAUUUGGAGCUAUGAAAUAGCAGUAGGAUGCCUGUUUCCGUGCCCUUUGCAACGGACCCCCACUUGCGCUUCGAUGAGAUUCGAAGAAUAGUUUCUGUUUAUUACGAUGUGACAAUCAAGGAAACCCUGAACUAUGGGAGGGAAACUGCUUGCAGUUUAUUAACAGGCAUUCUUUGCUACGCUGUGUUUUGUGUGGCUCUCUAUCUAUUAGCGACGUACUGGCAAGUGCUGCCAUGGCAAAGCGGAACGCUUCUCAGCACCGCCCGGAGGGUUAUGUUUGUGAUCGCGCACCCAGAUGAUGAGUGUAUGUUCUUUGGCCCUCUAAUCAUGAAACUAGCACAGAAAAAUGAUUGUGAGGUAUACUUGUUGUGCCUUUCUAAAGGAAACUACGAUAAGGAAGGUGGGAGACGCAAGAAAGAACUAUGGGAAAGCUGUCGCAUCCUUGGUAUUCCAGACAGUAACAUUACACUUAUCAUGAGUACUCUUCUACCUGAUGACCCAAAAGUGAAGUGGCGCGAAGAUAUUCUUGGCUCAUUGAUUCUUAACCAUGUGGAAGCUCUUUCAAUAGAUACUGUCAUUACAUUUGAUAAACAUGGAGUCAGUAACCAUGCUAACCAUUGUUCGUUAUUUUACGCCAUGGCGCUUCUUUCUGUUGAAAAAAAAUUGCCUAAAAAUUGUUAUGCAUAUGCUUUGGAAACCACUAGUAUUCUUCGUAAAUAUUCUUGUGUACUGGAUAUGCCAAUAUCAUAUCUUAUGUCCUCCCAUAAUUAUGUGGUUUCUCUUGCAGAAAGAUCUACUAUUAAGCGAGCAAUGCAAGCUCAUGCCUCUCAAUUGGUGUGGUUCCGAUCCCUCUACCUCCUAUUUUCAAGAUAUCUGUUUAUUAACAGUCUUCGAAAAAUAGAAAUUCUAGAUUUAGAACUUGAUCUGGAACUGGAUGAUGAAUGAUUUAUCAAAACUAAAUUUACUCCUUAUUUUCUUGCAUGAGGUUUGUGUGGACUUCCCUUUGAUGCAGCAAUUGUUUUAUUAGUAUUAGAAUUAGUUGCAAUAAUUCACUACUUUGUCCCUCAAAUUGUCAGUACUGUUUGGAAUUGUGUUCAGCAUGUAAAUUUUGAUAUGUUAACACCCAUUGAUGGAUUUUUCACUACUUAAAAGCAGGUUGCAUUUCCUGGUUUCAGUGCCUUGGUGCUCUAUCAUUUAAACUUAACAUACAGUAUUAGAUUAUAGCAUAUCUAUUUGUACAUUUGUGCUGUAGAAGAAUCAAUCUGUUAUUAAGUCGUGCCAAAGAUAACUCUCUUAUCAAAUUUAUCAUACUCUUGUGCUGCUACAUUUUCAGUUAAAAUAUAUAUUUUUGAAAAUUGUCUCAUUUUUGAUCAAAUGAAAAUAUAUCUAUUAAUUUUUUUAUUAUGAGCUGGAAUGUGAUAAAACUGUUAAAAGUGUCAAAAUAUCUUUGUAUUCAUCCGUUUAAAAUCUACCUAUUGCAUACUGUGUACUCUACAGUACACAAAUUGCCUUGUAUUGGAUAGUCUGCCUGUGCCAUAAUACAUCUGGUAGUGAUAAUAUUUUUGUACAUUAACUAUAGGUGUGAUGAAGGAUGAAGUAGGUAAAGUCUUACAGAUCUGACUUUCUGAAGACAUAGUCAUGUUUUAAAUUUUAUCAAUUUCCACAUGGGAAAUAGAAUGUACUAAACAUAUACUACAUAUCCCAUCAUUGCAUGGAUUACGUGGACCUUUGAGUUUCAUGGUAGAUUGACUCAAUGAACUCAGGGUCUUUUCCAAGACUGUUAUUUAAGAUCCAUUGUUGCCUGGUUGUUUGUUUAAUUGUUUGUUUAAAACCUCCCUGUCUAAAGUCCUUUUCAGCUUUGAUUAUGAAAAGAGGUAUAAUUUGCCAAAAUAGCAUUUGAGAUAAUGUUGUUAUGAAUGUUUUUAUUUUAGCUUAGCUCUCAAAGUGCCCUAUCGAUUGUUAUCUUUCAAAUCUGCAAUACUUCUUUUUAAUAUAGCAAAUAAAUUUGAGAAUUAA